GCCCUCUCUCUCACCUGCCCAGGUGAGCUGCAGGUGCUCACUGUGCCCUCUCUCUCACCUGCCCAGGUGAGCUGCAGGUGCUGCGCUCCUGGUUCGGGGCCAUGUCCCAGUGGGGGCCGUGUCGCGACGCGGCCGCGCUGCUGCCGCGGGAGCUGCCGGAGCUCCGGGCACACCUGGCCCAGCACCCCCCGCCACACCUGGGCCCCCGCGGAGACCCCCAGGACGAGGAGGGGCCCGAGCGGGCGCUGACGGACGAGGACAUCGCGGCCGCCCUGGACACCUGGGAACAGGGACCUGAGGCACUGACCCCGCCCAGGGAGCCACGCACACCUGUGUUACCUGUGGAGGGCGAGCGGAACGUGCUGAUCACCAGCGCCCUGCCCUACGUCAACAACGUCCCACACCUGGGCAACAUCAUCGGCUGCGUCCUCAGCGCAGACACCUUCGCCAGGUACAGCCGUCUGCAUGGGUGGAACACGCUGUUUGUGUGA